AUGCGGGCUCAAAUAUUUUUCUGUUUCCUAUUCUGGGCGUCCGCCCAAGCCUUAGAUAGUGCAGAUAACAAAUUCAUGAAGGAUUAUGCUAUGCUAAAGAUCUAUGAAAGCUGCUUUGGCACUCAUCUUUUGAAACAAAUAACCAAAGAACUAAAAGACGCUUACGCAAAAUGUUCAACAGCGCCACCUAUGAAGGAACCUCUGAACUCACACAUACCGCCGUUGUUCUUAAGUAAACUGCCGCCUGGAUUCUCUAUGGACCCGAACUCGCAAACCAUCACAAAACCGCUAGAUGGCGCUAUACACAAUAAAGAUGACGAAGGAAAUAUUCAAGAUCAAGGACCUACACCACAAAAACAAACAAUGGGUGGUGUAUUAACUUUCAGGCCACAUGGGGGCCCAUUCCCGCAACCUCAGUCAGCGAUUCCACCCUACGUUGUACCAACACAGUUCCGUCCGUACAGCGCUAACCCUUACUAUCAGAUGCCCUACAAUGCACCUGUGUUCUACCCUCCGAACUUGCCCUACAACCCUUAUUUUGCACAACAACAGUACCAGCAACCCUUCUUUCAACAACAACAACCCUUCUUUGGGAAUAGUCGGAUGUCGCGCCACCUCGGUCUCCGCGCCCGCCUCGGUAUGAGCGCCCGUGCACAAGCCAGUCAGAACGUGACCUGUGUGAUGCAAGAACUGGGCUACAUCGACAGCAAUAUGGAGCCCAACUACGAACAGAUCACACAGAGGAUCAGCAACCUGCCCGUCUCCAGUGAGCUGAAGAACGACAUACAGGAGGGACUGCAGUUCUGUCAGAAGUUUUCGCAAUGUGUGCCAGAAGACAAGCGUGACAUAGUUCCACGUCCCCAGGAGCAGAUCAGAGCCAUCUUCUUCUUCCGUUGCUACAAGCACAAGAAGUUGGAGGCGUGCAUCAUGAAGGACAUCAAUGAGCAUUUCAACAAGGAGUACAUGUUCGACUCCGACACUGAUUUUGCCCUCUCCCGAUCAGCUCGCUCAAUCCGCGACGUUCCUCUUCGUGACCCAAGCAUCGAAGCUUUAGAGGAAAUGGAGGUAUACCUGUAUGACUACCUCAGUGGAGGUAGCGGGUUCGAUUUCGACCUGUACAUUUAA